GUGACUUCGUUUGAACUGCACCAUUAUAAAUCAAUUGGCCUACAGUUACUUCGCGUUUCCAUUAGAUACGAGCGUUCUGUAUAGUGGUGUAUAUAUUGAAUGGAGAGCACUUCACAGAUUUGGCUGAACUUCGGAUCUCCUGUUCUCAUCUGCUCAUCCACUGACGGUUGGUCCCUCUGUUCUCAGUGGAAAGCUCGCUGCGGACUCGCGCCUGGUUUAGGGACCGCGUGAGAAUUGGUGAAACGCUCGAGAGAGAGACUUGCACCCGGUCAGGCUGAGUGAACAGGGGAGUUGUCCCGGGUCUCCCGCGCGCAUGGAGGGAGACGUAAUGGACAAGCUGGAUAGCAUGGCUGCGGUGUGUGACUUCGAUCCCAUUGCGGGAAAAAUCCCGGCAACCAAAGUGGAGAUCACAGUGUCAUGCAGGGAUCUGUUAGACAGAGACACAUUCUCCAAAUCUGAUCCAUUGGUGGUGUUGUACACUCAGGGGGUGGAGACCAAACAGUGGCGAGAGUUUGGGAGAACGGAGGUGAUUGACAAUACUCUGGAUCCAGACUUUGUCAGGAAGUACAUCUUGGACUACUUCUUUGAAGAGAAGCAGAAUCUACGCUUUGACGUAUAUGACAUUGAUUCCAAAAGUCCAGAUCUGGCAAAGCAUCCCUCCGACAUUGACGACUUCUUGGGGCAGGUGUUCUGUACCUUGGGAGAGAUUGUAGGAUCACCCGCCAGUCGACUGGAGAAACCUCUGGGUGGUAUCCCUGGGAAGAAAUGUGGCACCAUCAUCCUGUCAGCAGAGGAGCUGGGGAACUGCAGAGAAGUUGCCACCAUGCAGUUCUGUGCCCACAAGUUGGACAAGAAGGACUUCUUUGGGAAGUCAGACCCCUUUAUGGUGUUCUAUAGGAGUAAUGAAGAUGGGACGUGUACUAUUUGCCACAAGACGGAGGUUGUGAAGAACACUUUGAACCCAGUUUGGCAGGCCAUCUCCAUCCCUGUCAGAGCACUCUGCAAUGGAGACUUCGAUAGGACAAUCAAGGCAGAGGUGUACGACUGGGACAGAGAUGGAAGCCAUGACUUCAUCGGUGAAUUCACAACCAGCUACCGAGACCUGUCCCGGGGCCAGAGCCAGUUCAAUGUGUACGAGGUGGUGAACGCCAAGAAGAAGAUCAAGAAGAAGAGAUACAUCAACUCUGGGACGGUGACCAUGCUGUCUUUCACGGUGGAGUCAGAACACACCUUCCUGGACUACAUCAAAGGAGGAACCCAGAUUCACUUCACGGUGGCCAUUGAUUUCACUGCAUCCAAUGGUAACCCGUCCCAGUCCACCUCCCUCCACUACAUGAACCCGUACCAGAUGAAUGCCUAUGCCAUGGCCCUGAAGGCUGUAGGGGAGAUCAUCCAGGACUAUGACAGUGACAAGAUGUUCCCUGCUCUGGGGUUCGGAGCCAAGCUGCCCCCUGAUGGACAAGUCUCCCAUGAGUUCCCCUUGAAUGGCAACAUAGAGAACCCCUACUGCAACGGAAUGGAGGGGAUUCUAGAAGCAUACCAUCAGAGUCUAAAGACUGUACAACUCUACGGACCAACCAACUUCGCUCCGGUCAUCAACCACGUGGCAAAGUACGCAGCGGCCGUACAAGACGGUUCUCAGUACUUUGUCCUGCUCAUCAUCACAGACGGAGUCAUAUCAGACAUGGCCCAGACCAAGGAGGCCAUUGUCAACGCUGCUAAGCUUCCAAUGUCUAUCAUCAUUGUUGGAGUCGGCCAAGCUGAGUUUGAUGCCAUGGUGGAGCUUGACGGUGAUGACAUCAGAAUCUCCUCGCGAGGGAAGCUGGCAGAGAGAGACAUCGUACAGUUUGUUCCGUUCAGAGACUACAUGGACCGGACAGGAAACCACGUGUUGAGUAUGGCCCGGCUAGCCAAGGACGUCCUGGCUGAGAUUCCUGAACAGCUCAUCCUCUACAUGAAGAGUAGAGGCAUCAAACCCUGCCUCCUGCCUCCACUCAAUGAGGAACCAGGCCCUGAAGACCAGGACCACGCCCAGACCACCCCUGUCUGAGCCCCAGACCUACCCCCAUCUGAGGCGCCUACCCUGGGGAAGGAGGUCGUGGUAGGAUGGGUGGUAGACUGGAUGGUGGACCCCCCUCAUGGAGGGAUGCAAAACGUAAUUGUGAAAAUACUUUCAAGGCACUUUUUUUUUCUCAUGCUGAACAAAUUGAUAAGACUCCAUUUUGUUUGGAGUCAAGACUGUUUUGAGGGAAAAAGCUGAAGAUCAGGGAGUUUUCCUUUUGAGUUUCAUCUCCUGACAGGAGGGCAACGAGGGGGAUGAGAAUUGGAGAGUCACAGAAGGAGGAGUAGAGAGGAGAAAAACAGAGCAGUGACGUAAACUAAUGUUAGACGUUGGCAGUCAGAGCUGUCAAAGUGGCGACGUAACAGGUAGCAUGUUUUAGACGGAGAGGGUGUUUUUGAGGACAUUAAUUAUUAGAGCGUGCCAGUUUGCAUCACGUUUGUGUAUAUGAUACAUUUUAGAGUGGUGGUGUAUGUUGGACUAAGGAAUCACCUGUAUAAUGUCGUAUCUAUUGUAAGAAACUACAGCAUCUAUUCAUGUUGGGGAUAAUAUUUUUUCUUCAUAUUUUCCCAUCAUGCUUUUUUUGGGGGAGGAGGGGGAUCAAUGCUAUAAAUUAUUGUUAAUUUAUACUUUGAAGAGUACUGUAAUAUAAAGCAUGUGGUAGAUAGAAACUAUCCAACUGUUUAGGAAUAGUUGUAAAAUAUCAAGAUGAAUGCUUUUACAUUUUGGAUUGUGACAGUUACACAGACGAUCGGAUGUUUGUAUGGUCGUUUAACUUCAUGCAUCCUGUACAAGACAUACUUACCCUAUAUAUUUACAAUAGGUAUCAACAAAAUGCACUAACAGUCCAAAUAAAAAGCACAAAGGUCAUAUACAAUACAUAUAUUGAUCAAGUGAAAUAUAUACCACAAUUAUAUACUAGCGACCAACAGCUACCCCUCAAAGACAAUGGAAAGGAUUGCACAGCAACAAAAUGAAAUGUCUUCCAGUUCUAGAACGUUGUCAUGAAUGAGAAUUAAUCUAGAAUCUAGUUACUUCACAUUCUGCGUUAUUAUUGUUUACACAUCUGCUCGUGCACGACCAGAGCCUCAUCUUCAAAGGCAUAGUAUUUCCAUAGUAUUAGUAUGUAGCGAUGUAUGUCGUCUAGCUAGCUGCAUUCACACAUAUAUUGGUUGGUAUAUUGGUUUUCCCCACCGAGAAAAUCAAACACUGAGAAAUACUUUCAGCCCAGCAUAAUAUAAUCAAAUCAAAUCAAAUGUGUCACUUGCUCCGAAUACAACAGGUGUACAACACUGAACACUGAAUACAACACUGAAAUGCUUACUUAUAAGCCCUUAACCAACAAUACAGUUUUAAGAAAAAUAAGAGUUAAGAGAGUAUUGAAUCAAAUAAACUGAAGUCAAAAAAGAAAUAUCGGAUAAGUACUGUAGCCUAUGCCAUUUUAUACUUUAUAUUUUGCAGAUUGUAUAUUCAUUGCGUUUCUAUCAUGCUGACCACAGCACUCGCAUUACGUGUGCGAGCAUUGCAAAAUAAAUGUAUGCACACAUGGUAUUCAAGCCUUGCAUCCAAAAUACUCAAACCCGUCAAUGAGCUUCUGCGUAGCCAGGCUUUAAAAAUAGAACUUGGUUCUAUUUGUGAUGCUUGAUGCACUGCAAGUGCCCACCUCUCCCAUCUCCUCAUUGGUUGUUAGGAGCAUAUACCCACGUGGGUGAUUGAAAGAAGAAAUGAGAUCCACACUCCAGUCCAGUUGGUGGAGGUAAUGCACCUUUAAGUUGGUUGCCGACCGCCAUAUAAAGUCUGAAGAAGAACAAGAAUCCUGAAGGAGGAGAGAUUACUAGAAACAAACUAGGUUUACCCUUUUAUCUGUGGAUUAAUUGUUGGAGUAGAGGACCUUGUGCAUUUCAGGUAAAAUAACAACCCAAUGUUUAUAUCCCAGAACAAAUUAGCUAGCAACAGCAAGCUAGCUAGCUAAAUUGCUAUGAAUGUUUAAUGCUUUUCAAACUGUCCCCAAAUUAAUAUAGUUGGUUCAAAGUUCGUUUUGAUAUUUCAAACUGCGUGUCAUGAUCGCGUCUGGUGUGGAUGGACAAAAUCAACAUGCGCGAUGGCGUACUCGGACAAACGCGCGUGCCCGGUCUAGUCAGCAUGUAAGAACUCAUUAAAAUGGAGUCGGUAUAAAAAGUAACUGCAUAAAGAGCAGUACAAUCUAUUUUACUCACUUCAUCUGGACUACUGAUAGAUUUCAAACUUGCUGCCAGGGAUGUAUUGCCAUCUUUCAUUUAAGUUGUUGAUAUAUAUGUGACCGACUGGGGUUCAAAUCUGGGUUUCCUACACACCACAAGACUGUGCUAGCCCGCUGAGAUAAAGCAGUUAGCUCAAGUAGCCAACACAAGUCUUCAAGUUUCGGACAAAGUUACUCAUCGUGUGUGUGUUGUUCCAAAAGACAUUUUACGUUUUUGUCAUUUAGCAGACGCUCAAGAGCAAUUAGCGUUAAGUGCCUUGCUCAAGGGCACAUUGACAGCUUUUUCACCUAGUCGGCAUGGGGAUUCGAUCCCAGCGUCAUUUAGGUCUCUGCCCCAACGCUCUUAACUGCUAGGCUACCUGCCGCCCUGUUAUAUCUAGCCACGUUUAAGUUGUUGAUGUCGUGCCACGUUUAAGUUGUUGAUGUAGUUCCACGUUUAAGUUGUUGAUGUAGUGCCACGUUUAAGUUGUUGAUGUAGUGCCACGUUUAAGUUGUUGAUGUAGUGCCACAUUUAAGUUGUUGAUGUAGUUCCACGUUUAAGUUGUUGAUUUAGUGCCAUGUUUAAAUUGUUGAUGUAGUUUCAUGUUUAAGUUGUUGAUGUAGUGCCAUGUUCAAGUUGUUGAUGUAGUGCCAUGUUCAAGUUGUUGAUGUAGUUCCACGUUUAAGUUGUUGAUGUAUUGUCAUAUUUAUGUUCUUGCCAUAUUGCCAUUUUGAAGGAAUAGUUUCUUGAGCACACAACGGAGCAGCACUGUCUCUGUCUUUUCCGUCCCGUAGACACAACAGAAGGUUAAUAUGUCCACAUUAUUGUCUUUUCUACAGUGGAACGACGUGUUUAGUUUCUUCUUCAAUGUGUUUAAAACAAACAUGAAAUUGCCACUAUGCCAAUGCAGUCCUACAAUAUACAGUACGCCCUAAGUGGUGCGUUCAGCAGGCCCAUUAUUUACUCACAGAUAGAUCACAGUAAUCCAAUAUCUCUAUCCAAAUGUGCCUAUAGUAUCGAAACUCUUGCAUAUCCUGAUUAGAUUUCCCUUAUGUUAUUUUGUUAGCAACAGUUCCCUUCCCAUAUUUUAUUAUUGAACAUAUGAUUCCUAAUGCCUAGAAUGAUAACUAUUUCAUAUGUACAGUAUAGCCAACUGAACAAAAACAAUAUUUACUAAGUAUUAUCAUUGCAUCUGCAACAACAUACUUACUGUAUGUUCCUUAAAGUUUGCUAUUACACUUUCGUAUUGAAUGAGAACAAUGCACGCAUCAAAUCUAUUUUACAAAUGUAGUGACAGUAUACUGCAUGUAUGGCAAAAAAGUCAACACUUGUUUACAAUUGAAUCAGAUGUAGGAUCUUAAUUUGAGCCAGUUUGCUACUGCAAGAAAAGAAUCAUGCAGCAACAGGAAAUGUGAAUUAAUAUGUGGAUUCUAAUAUACUUCUAGGGGAUGAUACAUUUUUCAUCAAGACUUCAGAAGCCUUUUUAAACCUCAAACGUUCUCCUGCAACAGGGCGAUCAAAUUAAGAUCCCACCUGUAUAUUUACAUUGCCUCAAGGUAUGAGCAAAUAUUCAUACUAAAGAAAGGAUGUUAUCUUUAUGUAAAGUUUGUUUUGAAUCUGUUCACUUAUUUGUUCUCGUGUAUUUUACUUGUGAGGGAAAGUGAAGGUUGGUUAUAUUCCCCCCAUGUACAUAGACACUGUGAUUUAGAAAAUACAUGACUAAUAGUAGUUAAUGAAAGUGAGGGUUUGUUAUUUUUUUGUAUAAUAUUUGGUUAAAAUAUUGUUGUGUAUGGUUAGCAAAGCAAUUGAGAGAGAUUAUGCAUUUCAAAAUAACCUUUAAAACGGUUUCCACUGGAGUCUGAAAUAUUAACAUAAGCCCCACAUGAAGACGACUUGGUAUCCAAAAGAUGUUCAGUUUGAAAUGAACCUCUUAGAUAAUGUGCAUGUUUGUGCCAAAAUGGCAACAAGUUUGGUGGUCCCUGCUCCUCAACUCACCUUACUGAUGGCCUGUGAUAGGCAGGGACUCGCUGAGUGAGCCAUUUGUUGUGUAUGACGAUGAGGAUGAUACUGUAUCUACAGUAGAAACAGCAGACACGUAGCAUGUUGCAUCCAUGUUUUUCCCUCAUAUUUAGUUCCUUAAAUAGGUCAUGUUUUUGCUUCUCCUGGUCGCUAUUUAAACCACGACCUAGGGUGUUUACAGCAUAGAAAUAGAAUGACAUGUCAUCCUAUGUCAUUGUAUAUCUAUGUUUUACAGUGUGUACCUCCCUCUUGGUCUCUGGUUUGCAUGCUGAUGAUAAAGAAUUAUUUUCCAAACCAGACAUUGGACAUAAUUGUUGUCAUUUCUGUGGUUUGUGAAAUGCUUUGUAAUGGAUUGCCUUAAUAAAGUGACUGAAGAUUAAUGAAAUAAUGA